UCGUCGCUCCUGGCACUACCCGUCUCGUUCACUCUCAUUUGUGUAGCAAUGACAACAGUCUCCGUCUGGAGAACUAUCCACCUCUCCAUCUUUCUACUAACAGUGCAUUGCUGGAGUUACAAUACGGACAGCCUUGUAUGCUAUCAUUGUGUUCACUAUGCAAGUAGACUGUCAACUGCCAAGUCACGGUGUGCUAUUGACGGUAGUAACAGCUAUAGCACAAUAACCUGCUCUCAGGGCUCGAGUUGCUUCAUUCGUUCGUACGAGGGCGAGGGCUCGGCGAUUUUUCAACGCUCUUGUGGUCUCCCGAGCUGCUCGUCGGGAUGCCAGGGCCAGAUGUGCACUUACUGUUGUGAUACAGAUUUCUGUAACGCCGACGACAGCAAGCUACCGACGUCGUCGCAGCUCAGUCCCACUGAGAUUAUGUCCAUAGCCGGGGGCGCGGUCAUCAGCAUCAUUGUGAUUCUCGGUAUUGUCACUUUGGUCAUACGUAGGCGCGCUUACCGCCGCUUUAACCAACACUUUCGAGGCUCAAGCGACCAAUACGAUGACCUCGAUUCGGACGAACGUGAGUUGUUCAGCGCGAGCGAGCGCGUGCGUGUCGGUUUGCCACCGACGUACAACGACACUAUGGAAGCACCUCCGCCCUAUGACAUCAAGUCAGACGACGGCGGCAUUGACGGGUACGACUGUCCGCCUCCGGCUUUUGUGGCGGAGGGCGUGCAAUCCGGGAGUGACGGAUAUACGGGACUCAGUGCGAGCACGGAGACGGUAUCAACGAUUCGCAGUGAGUCGUCAGCUCAACCGUUGGACUAA